AUGGUGCAUUAUCCGCAGGAAACAGAGUACUCGGAGAAGUACAGCGACGGCACCUACGAGUACCGCCACGUCAUACUCAACAAGCAAAAGGUGCGUGCCGUGCCAAGAGAGAGGGGAAUCCUCUCAUUGUGAGGUGAGUCAAGUGUGUGUCGCGCAUGCACUGCAGGCUCGUCAGUACGCCAAGAUCCAGGCCGAGAGCGGACAGCCCCUCUUGACAGAGCCGCAGUGGCGGUCUCUCGGCGUCACGCAGUCACGCGGAUGGAUCCACUACGAAGUCUACAAGUGAGCGAGCGGUGAAGGAAGCAACACCACGCACCGACACAAACACAGCUCAGUGAGCUGUACGCCACGCCCGUGUCUGUCUUGUCUUGUGUGUACCAUGUCUGUCUGCAGGCCAGAGCCUCACAUCUUGCUGUUUCGCCGCGCCCUCGACAGCAGCAACAGUGCUGCCGCAAAGGCUAAGGCGGCUCCUGCGCCGCGCAUGGGGCCGCUCAGCCAGAAUUCCAGCCAGCAUUCGCAUUCCCCGGCAUACUGAUACUGCAUGCCAUGCCAUGCCAUGCCAUGCGGGACAGACGAUCUCUCACACGAGGGGAAAGCAAGGCAGCUUGUGUGUACGCGUAAAACGGCUCUUUGAGAGGGGCUGGGUGCGUGAGUGGAUGGAUGGAUGGAGCCAUGAG